UAUGAUAAGGGCAAAACAUGAAAGAUUAAGAGGACUCGUUCAGGCGUUUUUAGCUCAAAAUUCCGAUGUUGGAGUUGAGUUGUGGAGUUCUAGGCUCAAAUUUCCAACACUCAGGACUCAUUCAAGAAUCUUGAAGAUGAAAGUAGAUGUCAGUGCCCAUUUUCUACAGAUUUUGUUGAUACGACAUUGAUACUUGGUAGAUUUUAUUGAUAUGACAUUGAUAUAUGGUACUCACCUCAUCUGCUUCCUUUCCUUCCUUCCUUCUUCCCCCCUCCCCUCUCCCUCCUCAGUCCUCACCUCAUCUGGCAAACCUUCAUCCCUCUUCAUCUCUUCUGUCGCUCACCGCUUCACCAUAGAAAAACUUAAACCACAUCCCUUUCAAGUUUCAAUCACCGCUGCCACCAGUUCACCCAGACCUCAUCUCUCCGCUUUGUGAUCUAUAGACUGCUACAGAAGCUUGAUUUGUUCAAGUCGGCAACAACUGCAGAGGCCAGGUCCGGACGCCGCAACCACCUCGCACCGUUUGCCCAUAUCCUCUCUCACUUGGGCAUGCUCGAUGAGUGCUGCAGCGCUGCCAUCCCUGAAUCAGAAGAUACUCAGAAGCAAGAAGAAGAGAAAGUCGUGGAAUAUAAAAGCUUUUUGCUUUGUGAAGGUGAUUUGAGAUCAUGUAACAUUUCCUCGCCAGAACCGAAGAUCGCCGUCGCUCAGAGCUGCGUUGCGUUUCAUGAAACAAGUUUAUCUCCUGCCAAUUUUGUGUACCCACUUUUUCUUCAUGAUGGUCAGGACGGCACACCUAUCUGGGCAAUGUCGAGAUAUCUAGGCUUGGGUGGAGACGUGGACUUAUGGAAGAGCAGAAGUCACACUUUGAAGAGUUCAUGCUGCAUAAAAAGAUGAUGAAAUGCUACCCGUUGAGUCCAUCAUUGCUCCACUGAAGACAGAGCUGAAGCUUACUGCAGGAGGUAUACUUUUGUUCUGCGAUAUGACCGCAUUUUAUUUUAAG